AUGGCGUCCAGUGGAAACGAAGAGCGCAACGGGACAACCACCUAUGAUCAAACAUGUUUCUACAAUUUAUAAACAGUCAAAGAAGCAAUGUAGCACUAAAGACGACAUGGAUUUAUACGACACUAAGCUCCAUGAAGCAGUGCGCUAUGGGGAUACAAACUUGGUGUUGAAGUGUUUGAAAGACGGCGACAACCCAAAUGACAUUGGGCUCUACCAGUGGAGUGGUUUACAUGAAGCGGCAAAUAACGGCGAUCUGGAAAUCUUACAAAUGUUGCUUGAUUACAAAGGAGAUCCAAAUGCACAGGAUGAAUUACAUGGUUGUACAGCAGUACAUUAUGCAGCACAGGAAGGCUAUGUAGACUGUCUAACUGCUUUGAUAGAUGCCGGUGGUCAAUAUGAUGUCAAAAAUGAUGAUGGCUUGAACUGUUUAGAUGUUGCUGUAGGAAAAUGUAAACAAAUCCUUGAUAAACAAAGGGUGCGUAAAUUAAUGCGCUUAUCUCCGAAAGAUGCCAGAAAAGAGAUAAUACAGGAAACAGAAAACUAUAAUCGGAGCAGAGUUAUUCAAGGAAAAGAAGAAACGAAUACUAAGAUAGAACAUCAAACGUCAAAGAAAGCGUGGGAAGAAAUUGAGGUUAUCAGCAGUAUGGUUUUACCUGCGCCAAAAAUUGAGGACCGAAACGAUGAGACUGUGUCAGAGAAAUCUGAGGAGAUUAACAAGGAAGCUGACCUUACAGAUGAGGUCAGAUCUGAGCAUAGAUUGGCGUGCUUAGAUUCUAUAAAUCCUGAAAUCGUACAAGAUAUAUUAGAACCGAAUGCCGGUGUGUUACUGUUAUCAUUUGAAUAUAAUUCAAAGACGCAAAUUUUCAAAAUAAGGGUUUGGCAGCUUGAAGACAUCUUGCUUCCACCAGUUGAAGCUUCCAUGAUAAGUAGGAUUUACGUGAAAAGUUACCUUCUACCUGACAAGAAACGGGAAACAAAGAGAAGAACAGAAGAGGUCAAAGUUGAAGAAGCCGAGCGCUCAAAACAAACCAUAGUAACAGUUAAGAAAAAACGAAAGGAUAGUCAUAAAGCAAUAUUCCAGCCAUCCAAAUUUAAGUUUACCCGUCCAUUAGAUUAUAAGAAAAUAAACAAAGACGUAAUUGAAUCAAGAACUAUACAUCUUAGCGUGUGUGUCAAACAGAAAUUCAGCAAUCGUAGCUUUACAAUCGCUAAUUGCCAAAUAUCGAUGAGUGCCGCUGUGAAGAAACUUAAACGCGAGAAGUUCAAAUUGACGUCGUGUAUUAAUCCAACAAUUCCUAGUAAUCUCCAUCUUUACUCCAGUGAUCUAAUAAUUGUGAAUCAAGGACUGUAUAGCAAUAUUACGGCAAGCGAUCCAAAUCUUAGAAAGAAAUCGCUCCAGAGUUUAGCUGUUGAUGAAGAUGAUGCACAGAGGGCUUCCAGCGAAGGAAAUCUACGAGAAGUGAGAUGUCAUUCAGCGGAGAGUAUACCGUCAAUUGUAAUUGAAAUGCCGAAGGAUGAGAGGUUGAUUCCAGAAUUUGAGGGGGUGUCGGUAAUUGCGGAUGAACGAAAGGAUAAAAAACAUCCAGAGUUGACAGUGAUUGAUGUGCCGGGGUUGUACGUAUCUGACGAUGAACUUGAGAAGAUUACUAUUCAGAGUAAUCAUGAAAAUAUGUUAUUUUCCACUGAUGUUUGUAAUGUUGCAGAGAAGUGCCCAGAAUUGGUGCCAUCUGAUGAUGACCUUGAUGAAGAGGAAGUUAUGGGUUCUAGACGUGGUAGAGUUUCUCCCAAACCAGGGUAUGUUGUAGGGGUCAGGAAUCAGGUGGUACAAGUGCAAGUUCAUUCGGGUACAUCAUCAGGGUCCUCUAAUACUAACGAUGCAGCGACUGCAGAUAAUAAUGUCUCACCUCACAGUGUUGAGUUUAAAAGUAAUGGGACACCAUCAAUGUUGAUUCAUCACAUCAAUGAAAGCUCACCAAAAAAAACACCUCCAAUGCGGAAGACACGAACAGACCAGACUGCAAUUGCUAAUACCAAAACUGGCUUACAGUUUUCAGGUACCAACACACCUGAACUAGUCGCUUAUAAAACUAUCAGCCCAUACGGGAAAAAAAUAAAAGACUACCCAACUUCUCAGGAAUUUUCCCAAUCAGACUCCACAAGUUACUCAUUAAAUCAUCCAGGUACAUGUAUGAAACAAAAUCCAACCCAGAAAAAAAAUUUCACAAAAUUAUCAUAUGUUUCCCCAAAUGAUCAGAAUGAUAGUGUGCAUUCUCAUGAAACACAAAAUACACAAUUACCUGACAUGGAAAAAAAAGCUGGCUGCCAAAUUUUAAACUUGCCAGAAAAUGAUGAAAUACUUGACCCUAAUUUGAAGGAUAAACUCACCACUCCAGAAUUCAAGUUGCAGAUGUUCCAAAGGACGGCAAAUGAACCACAUCCAGCUCUCCCUGGGUAUCCUGUACGUGUUGAUACAAUGGAUGAAUCAGAUCCAUUUUUUGUUCCAAGAACACCGCUAAAAUCUCCAGCAAUCUCUCAGAGUCUACCUAAAGAGCUAACAAAUGCAGAUGAUGAUUCCACCAACGAAAAUACACUUGAAAGUCCUACGAUCACUAAAUUGAAACAAAGUUGGAUUUAA